AACCACCUCUCGAAAGCAUGACCAGGACCAAACGACGCAACAACGACAACAUGUCGAGACAGCCCCCCCUUCCCCCAGGACUGCCUCCUAGGCCACGCAAUGGAUACGGUAAUGGUGAUUCAUACCGCCCCCAGAGCGACAACUACUACCGUCAGGAACCCGAGCAAGUGUACCAGUUUCGCGGCGCCGCCCAGAACUCGUACAGGCCUUCGUACGAUCAGCCUUCGUAUGACCAAAGACCUCGUCACGAGAACUACCCUCCUGGCAUUUCCCCACCUCGUGGUCCUGCGACCGGUUCGUAUCGUGAUCGCCCGACCGAGUUCAGCUUCCGUCAUGAUGCGCCACCAGCCCUUGACUUCCAGGCUUCUUCCCGACUACGAUCUCCACCGCGUCAGCGCACUAAUCUUCAAGACAGCAAUGGCGGCUACCGUGGUCGUGCUGACAAUGCCAACAACAAUCGGGGCGCGACGCGAGGCGGCUAUCGUGGUCGUGCUGGCCCCAGAAUGGCAUCAGACCGAGAAUUCCUCAGAGGCAAUCGUGCUCCUACACCUGAAUUGAUGCCAGGCAUGGACGAUGAUCAAGGAAACGCGAUCAAAUAUGUGCCAAUGGAAGAUGUUUCCGACAGUGAUGAAGCUGAGAUGAAUCUGUCCGACAGCGAAGGUGCUGAACCGAAGAAGAAGCAAGCCAGAACCGAUGCUAUCAAGGUUGCAGAUGGCGACAGUGUUCCGAAAUGGUCAAACCCUGAUCCGUACACGGUUCUGCCUCCUCUCGAUGAAUCUCAGCGAAAGAAGAAGGACGUUGUCAAGCUGAUCAGAAAGGCUCGCGUUACGUCCUCUUAUGAGAACAUAAACAAGACCGAAGCAGUGACUGAUGAUUUCAUUUCCUUUGGCUUCGAUGGCGAUGGUCAGGAUGAUAACAGUAUGCUGGCUCAGCGGCCUGGAAAUGGGGUCGAGGGUGCUCCGACAGGUCCAAGGCUCAGGCAUCGCGACAACACACACAAGCAAGAACAACAGUCUGGUUCCCCGAACCAGUUUCGUGAGAAUCAACCGGCUCAAGGCACCAAACAAAUUGACAACGAUUCUAAGCUGCAGCCGCCAGCAGCUAAGACCAAGCCUUUGAAUGAGAAGCCUCCUCAGCACCAACUUCCCAAUAAGCCUCCUCAAAACCAACUUCCCACCAAGCCAGCCGCACACAUCGAUCUGACACCGAAUCCUGAUUUAGGUAACCGCAAGCGCACCAUCAGAGAUGAGAUCAAAGGCCCUCUCAAGGCACCGCCAAUGAUCCAUUCCAGUGGAGGAAAGAAACCAGCUGCCACUGGUGAGAUCGUGAAGGAAUGGAGAGUCCAACAUGACGUUUCGCCCACCCCGUGGCUGUCCAUUGAUCAUUCCGAUUCUGCUAACAUGGGUGUCUGGCUUCACAAGGAAAUCAUGGACUUUUACCAUUUCGUUAAGCCUCGUGAUUUUGAGCAGUUCAUUCGCACGCAGCUCGUUGAACAGCUUCGCAGCAAUGUAAAACAAUUCUUUGAAAGAUACGCAGAUAUUCGUACGUUUGGUUCGUUCCCAGCCGGGCUGUACCUCCCUACGAGCGAUAUGGAUCUGGUCUGUGUUUCAGACACUUACAUGAAGGGCGGGAACCAGAUUCUGGGUAAAAAGAACAGUCUCUUCAAAUUCUCCACAUUCUUGAAAGAGUGCAACCUAGCCUUGAAUGGAAAGACUGAAGUCAUCCCCAAGGCCAAAGUCCCUCUUGUCAAAUUUGUUGACAGAGUUACGGGUCUCAGAAUCGAUGUGUCCUUCGAAAAUGAUACCGGCUUGAUCGCGAAUAGGACAUUCCAAGAUUGGAAGGCUACCUUUCCGGCAAUGCCCAUUCUCGUCACACUGAUCAAGCAUCUCCUUGCCAUGAGAGGUCUCAACGAGCCGGUCAACGGAGGUAUCGGUGGAUUUUCGGUAACCUGUCUUGUCGUAAGUCUUCUCCAGAAUAUGCCACAAGUUCAAAGCGGAAGCAUGAUCCCCGAGCAUCACCUCGGUGAGAUCCUCAUGGAGUUCUUGGAUUUGUAUGGCAAUCAGUUCAACUAUGAACACACGGCGAUUCAAUUGAACCCCCCAGGAUACAUUCCGAAGGCCGAUGCAAACAUCCCGUACAAGAACAAGCUCGCCAUCGUCGAUCCUAAUAGAUCCAGCAAUGACAUCGCUGGUGGAUCCUCCAACACGGAAACAAUCCUGAAGUGCUUCUCUAAAUCCUACGACGCUUUGCAGAAGCGGAUGGGUGAAUUGCAGUAUGCUGCUGAUCGCCGGAAUCAGAGCAUCCUCGGAUGCAUUCUUGGUGGCAACUACACCUCCUUCAAACUCCAACGCGAGCAUCUUGCUCACGUUCACGAUAACCUCUAUGGUCCCGUUGACCGCACUCAGUUCGAGUAGAGGCUUGAUUGGUGUUUCCACCCUCUUUUCCACCCCGGAAGGAACGAUAUCUUGAGGAUCAUGAUAUCGUCAACAUUGAUAUGUGAUGCGUUAUGAAAGGGCUUGCAUUUGCACUACGGCGUACGGACAAAGAUGGAAUGAUACCCCUGGCGUUUUUCCGUCGUGAGCCUGUACAAUAGCUAGAGAGAUUUGCUUCCUGGCUUCAUUUUAUUGCGUUCCCUCACUAAAGACACCUUUCGCGACUGACCUGCUUUUAUAGUGAUCGAGUCCCAGUUCUUGCCAAUCGAUGACAGACGAGACGAUCGAUCACUUCCAUAAAGUCAAUACAAGAAUUCAAGUCGCUCGUUCCUCAAAU